AAAUACACACAAAAAAACAUUGCCAUUAUCCGAUCUCUUUUUCUCUCUACACCUUUCUCUCUCCUCAGACCUCCCACGGUUUUCUGGCGAUUUCUUGGCGGAUUUCCCUUCAAAAACCCUAAAAUCCCUCCUUUAAUCCUCUGUACAAAUUCUUUCCAUUUCAAUUCCACCCAUUCUUUUCUUAUCUUUUUUUCAAAUUUCAAAUUAGAAAAGCCCGUAAUUUUUUUAUUUUUUCAUUGUAGGAGUAUAAGGAACCCCUCAUUCUUCAGCAAAAUUGUACAUUUUUCCCAUUUUUAUUGUUAUUUUUUUCAAAUUUCAGCUUCUGGGUAUUGAAGAUAAAGUCCGUUCGGGGCUCUUUGUUUGUAUUUGAAAGCUGUUACAUAAGAGUUUCUUUGUCUUUUUAUUGAGGAGACGACGUGGAAUCAGAGGCGAAGGCCCUGUGUCUGGGUGUUUCCAAUUUGGUUUGAUUUGGGGUUUUAUAAUUUUGAGUUUUUGUGAAAAUUUGGAUGCCUUUUGGUGUAAGGAGGAGAUGGGGACACUUGGGACCUAAAGCUUGUGAAUUUGGGGCUGUUUCUUAUUUGGGUUUUGCCUCAUAAGUUCAAAGGGAAACAGCUCUGGGGUUAUGAUUAAGGCAGUUUUUGAAGAAUCAUCGGUUUUCGUGAUCUGGGUAUUGACUAGUUUGAUCUCUCUGGUGCUGGGGAUGAGGAAUGAUGACGGUCAGAAGCAGCAGCAGGGUGGUGUUCCUCGCCCCGCUCGGUCCAACAGCUUCAUUCCCAACUCUUUUCGGGCCAUUUCGAGCUACUUGAGGAUCGUUUCGUCCGGUGCUUCCACCGUUGCGAGGUCCGCAGCUUCGGUGGCUUCCUCGAUUGUGGAGAGGGAUGAUGAUACCAACAUUGAUCAGGUGAACUGGGCUGGCUUUGACAAGUUAGAAGGUGAGGGGAAUGACACUCAUCAAGUUCUCCUUCUGGGCUACCGUUCUGGAUUCCAGGUUUGGGAUGUUGAAGAAGCAGAUAAUGUCCGGGACCUGGUUUCCAGAUACGAUGGUCCUGCCUCAUUCAUGAAAAUGCUACCUAAACCAAUAGCAUCAAAGAGAUCAGAAGACAAGUUUGAAGAAAGCCGUCCAUUGAUGGUAGUUUGUGCCGAUGGGUCCAUUUCUGUGGGUAAUAUCAUACAGGAUGGCACUGCCACUCCUCACAAUGGUGUUACUGCAUACAGCCAUGACACAGCGAACAGCAGUUUUGUGCCUACUGUUGUUCGGUUUUAUUCUUUGAAAUCUCAAUCUUAUGUUCAUGUUCUAAAGUUCAGAUCAGUUGUUUAUUCAGUAAAGUGCAGUUCUCGAGUUGUUGCUAUUUCUCUAGCAGCUCAGAUUCACUGUUUUGAUUCCAUGACAUUGGAGAGAGAAUAUACCAUUCUUACCAAUCCGAUAGUUACGGGAUUCCCUGGUUCUGGAGGUAUAGGUUGUGGACCUCUUGCAUUAGGCAAUAGAUGGCUGGCUUAUAGUGGAAGUCCUGUUGCUGUAUCUAAUUCUGGGCGUGUCAGUCCACAGCAUCUGGAACCUUCUGCAAGUUUUUCUGGUUUUCCUUCAAAUGGAAGCCUGGUUGCUCACUAUGCAAAAGAGUCAAGCAAGCAACUAGCUGCUGGGAUUGUAACCCUGGGAGACAUGGGAUAUAAGAAGCUGUCCCGGUACUGCUCUGAGCUUAUACCUGAUAGUAAUACUUCUCUUCAAUCAGCGAAUCCUGUCUGGAAAGUUAAUGGUACUGUCAAUGGCCAGUCCACAGACACUGAUAAUAUUGGAAUGGUAAUUGUCAGAGAUAUUGUCAGUAAGGCUGUUAUUGCCCAGUUCAGGGCGCACACGAGUCCUAUUUCUGCAUUAUGCUUUGAUCCUAGUGGCACCCUUUUAGUGACUGCAUCAACUCAGGGGCAUAACAUCAAUGUUUUUAAGAUAAUGCCUGGAAGCUUUUCUUCAACUGAUGGUGGUGCAUCAUAUGUACAUCUUUACAGGCUCCAACGUGGAUUAACAAAUGCAAUUAUACAGGACAUCAGUUUUAGUGAUGACAGCAACUGGAUCAUGGUUAGUUCCUCUAGGGGAACAAGCCAUCUGUUUGCUAUAAAUCCUUGGGGAGGAUUAGUAAAUCUCCCAACUGCUGAUGCUGGUUUUACCACCAAAAGUACAGGAUUGGGAGUUACUAGAUCGUCAGUUCGUUGGCCAGGUUUGCAAACACUUAAUCAGAGAAGCCUUUGCUCAGCUGGUCCCCCAGUUACACUUUCUGUUGUUGGUAGAAUAAGAAAUGGAAAUAAUAGUUGGAGAGGCACUGUAAGUGGUGCUGCAGCUGCUGCAACAGGCAAGAUGACUACCCUUUCUGGGGCAGUUGCUUCUUCAUUCCACAAUUGCAAGGGCAAUGCUCAUUAUGUGGAUCGCAACUCUUCGAAGGCUAAGUACCACCUCUUGGUUUUUUCUCCUUCUGGUUCCAUGAUACAAUACGCAUUGCGAAUAUCAAACGAUCUAGAUUCGACAGCUGUGGCUGGAUUGAACACUCCUUAUGAGUCGGGCCUGGAGGAUGAUGCAAGAUUAGUAGUUGAAGCUAUCCAGAAGUGGAAUAUAUGUCAAAAGCAAAACCGAAGGGAGCGUGAGGAUACUUCUGACAUAUAUGGUGAGAAUGGAAAUUUUGACAACAAUAAGAUAUAUCGCGAAGGGAAGAAGAAGGGAAACACCAUUUACCCUGAAGCUUGCAGUACUGUUACAAAAGCAAAGAUCAGCCCUGAGGAAAAACAUCAGUUGUAUAUUUCAGAAGCUGAACUGCAGAUGCAUGAAGCUCAAAGUCCAGUGUGGGCAAAACCUGAGCUAUACUUUCAGUCGAUAAUAGUGGAAGGUGUCAAAAUGGAUGAUGAAACUGCUUCAGUAGGGGAAAUUGAGAUCGAGAGAAUUCCAACUCACAUGAUUGAAGCAAGAUCAAAGCAUUUGGUCCCAGUUUUUGAAUAUCUUCAAACUCCCAUAUUUCACCAAACAAGGGUUGCUUCUGUAGAUAGCAAUUUUAGUGGGCAACUUUCGCAUCAGAGGUCUGGUGUAUCUGAAAAUAGCGGGCUUUCGUGCAGAAACAGUUCAAGCUCGCUUGACACCAUGACUGAAAGUGGUGCUGGAGUGGCACAACUUGCUAAUGGGAUUGAAGAAACUGGACGGGGUGGUUCUCAGACGCCCAUAGAAAGAAAGGGCUUUGUAAAUAACAAUGACAGCCCGAAGACAGAGACUCAGCUUGAGACUGUAAAUAAUAGAGAGAGCAGCUUAAACUUGGAGGCCCAACUUAAGUUUGUAAAUAAUGACAUAGAAGGCCUGGGAUUGGGGAAUCUGUUUGGAGACAAAGGCGAUGAGUUUGAUUAGAGGUGUGCAGAUUUUCUUUACUUGUACUGGGAGAUUAACACUGUUUAUAUAAUGGGGGUGGCCUGCAGAGAAGCAUGAGCAACAGGGGCUUUUUACCGAUGCUGAAUUGUGGAUACUCUGUUGCGGUUUCAUCUUAUGUUGACGUUGUAAAUAAGUGAUGGUAUGAAUAUAUAUUUCCAUAAUCAGUCAUAAUUUGUAAAUAACAGCGUUAAGUUGGUAUGUUCAUUUCAAUCUUGCCUUUUAUUCGGCUA